AUGAAAACUGAGAAAUUGUCAUUUGAUUUCUAUCCAAAACGUUGCUUCGACCUAGAUGUUUUCAACAGCCACCGAGCUACGAAUUCAAUUUAUGGAUGCUGCCCUUCGUCACGUCCGUUGAAAGAUUUCGAUGAAGCUGAAAAACAUCUGCAUGAAUUAAACAAGAAGUAUGCGUUGCAACCAACUGACGAUAAAUUUCAUGAUCGUUUUGAUUGCAUUUUGAAAUCAAGAGAAUCCCUCCUUCCUAUACAAAGUCUAAGAACGGAAGUUUUGCAUCCAAGUUGUUUCUUGAAUACUGUCCGCCUCGUUGAUAUGAAACAGUUGAAAGAGAUUGUGAUAAGGAAGUCUUGUGAGCAGAGUGCUAAAAAAGAUAAAAAAGAUAUGAUUUUCAAUGAAAUCGUGGAGUUGGAUGUGUUCAAAUAUAUUCAAGUAUUGAAUAUUAGCGAUUUCAAAGUAACAGUGCCUCUUGAAACAUUUCUACAUAUACCAGAUUUGACAGUUUCCGUUUCAACACUAACUAUUGAAGAUGUUCUGUUGAUAAAGAAGAACAUGUUCAAUUCUCCAACUGCCAAAUCUCGUUGCGUUCACUUUGAUCACGUAGAAAACGAGGAUGCAUUACACAACACCCUUGGUCAUGCGAAUCCUGAAAAUUAUAAAAUAUCCUGGUACUACAAACUUCCGGAAUCAGAUCAAACUCUCCAAAUCAGCAAGGCAAAUUAUUACAAUCUCAGUUAUUUGUUGAACGUGGCUGAACACAUUGAUGUGGAACAAUUGAGAGGGAUCGUGAUAAGGAAGACACCUGGGUAUAGUGAUCGAGAAAAAGGAAACCAACCGACUUUGGAUGAAAUUGUGGAGUUGGAUGUGUUCGAUUGUAUUCCAGUAUUGAGUAUCAGUGAUUUCAAAGUAACAUUGCCUCUGGAAACAUUUCUUCAUAUACCGGUUCUAAGAGUUUCCAUUUCAACAGUCACUAUUGAAGAUGUUAUUUUGAUAAAGGAGAACAUGCUCACUUCUCCAACUGCCAAAUCUCGAAGGGUUUUCUAUGAUUCUAUAAAAGACGCGGAUGCAUUACACAACACCCUUGGACAUGCGAAUCCUGACGAUAAUAAAGUAUCCUGGUACUUCAAACUUCCGGAAUCAGAUCAAAUGCUUCAAAUCAGCAAGGCUAAUUAUCCCUACUGUUUUUCUUUUUCAUGGAUCAAAACUUUAUGUAUUUCUGAAGAUGCGGUGGUUCAAUGA